CACCAUUUCACCCAUAAAAGCACCAGCAGAAAACAUGCUUCGCACUACCAUAAAACUUCGUCUUCCGACGGCUGCUCCAGCAGCUCUGGUGAGGUCGACGCGUCCCAAUAUCCCACUCGCCACUGCUUUUGUUGCUCAGCGAUCCUACGCCAGUAAUCACGGCACGAACAGAUCAGGUUGGGGAGGGCCACGAAAGUCCUUGCCCAUAAACACAAUCAUUAAAUUUGUGCCUCAACAAGAGGCGUGGAUCGUUGAGCGCAUGGGCCGAUUCCAUACAACUUUAGAACCUGGUCUUCAGUUCCUGAUGCCCUUCCUAGAUCAAGUCAAGUAUGUCAGAAGCCUUAAGGAAGUAGCCAUUGAGGUUCCUAGCCAAAGCGCCAUCACUCAAGACAAUGUUACACUGGAUUUGGAUGGCGUGUUAUACUUUCGAGUAGUAGAUCCAUACAAGGCCUCAUACGGGGUCGAAGAUGCCGAGUUCUCGGUCUCUCAGCUGGCGCAGACUACUAUGCGUGCUGAAAUUGGCAUGAUGACUCUCGAUCGUACCCUAGCAGAGCGCGCUCAUCUGAAUGCCAAUAUUGUCGAGGCUAUUAAUACUGCAGCGGCGGACUGGGGCAUCCAAUGUCUUCGCUAUGAGAUCCGAGACAUCCAUCCUCCUACCAAAGUGGUCGAGAGCAUGCACCAACAGGUUUCCGCGGAACGAACCAAGCGUGCUCAGAUCUUGGAUUCUGAAGGUUCACGCCAGGCUGCUAUCAAUGUAGCUGAGGGCCUCAAGCAGUCGACCAUCCUUCAGUCCGAGGCCGAUAAGGCGGAACAAAUCAACAGAGCCACUGGUGAAGCUGAGGCUAUUCUGCUACGUGCCCAGGCCAAUGCUGAGGGGAUUCGUCGCAUCGCAGAGGCGAUAUCAAAGACUCCCGGCGGACAUCAUGCUGUCUCGUUAACGGUCGCUGACAAGUACGUCGACGCCUUUGCCCAGCUCGCCAAGGAGACCAAUACGCUUAUCUUGCCAGCGAACGCCAGCGAUGCUGCGAGUAUGGUUGCACAGGCAUUGACCGUCUACGACAAUAUCACAAAGAAGCGCAACAUUGCCCCGGAUCAGAUUAUGCCUUCUUCCGGAAAAUCCGCUUAG